GGACAUGGUCGUGGGGGGGACAGAUACCACAUCAAACACAAUGGAGUGGGCCUUGGCCGAAAUGAUGCAGAAACCUGAAACCCUGAGAAAAGCCCAAGAGGAACUCGACCAAGUUGUGGGAAAGGACAACAUUGUGGAAGAGUCCCACAUUUCUAAGCUGCCUUACCUUGGAGCUGUGAUCAAAGAGGUUCUCCGAUUGCACCCGGCCCUUCCACUCUUAGUUCCCCACUGCCCAAGCUCUCCAUGCCUUGUUGGUGGCUACACCAUCCCGGAAGGCAGUCGGGUCUUUGUGAACGUGUGGGCAAUACAUAGGGACCCUUUAUUAUGGGAAGAUCCACUGGAGUUCAAGCCAGAAAGGUUCUUAGACAGUAAUAAUAAGUGGGAUUUUAGUGGGAAUGACUUCAAUUACUUCCCAUUUGGGUCUGGAAGGAGAAUCUGUGCUGGGAUCUCGAUGGCAGAGAGGAUGGUUGGAUACCUUCUAGCAUCACUGUUGCACUCUUUUGAGUGGAAGCUAGCAGAGGGAACGAAAUUGGAUCUGGAAGAGAAGUUUGGAAUUGUUCUAAAGAAGGCUAAGCCACUGAUUGCCAUUCCAACACCAAAACUACCGAACCCUGAUCUCUAUUCAUAGAUCGCACGUUUAAUGAUUGUGGAAGGAACAUUGUCUCUCUCUCUCUCUCCAUGGAAGCUUAACGUCCAUGGAGUUAUGCAGUAAUCUACAUGUGUAAGAUCUGAACAAAAACUGAAGUGAUUGAUGUCCAUGUAUCCAAAGUGCAGCAAUCUUCUUUUCCUUGUUCA